AUGCUUACUGGUGACGCCAUCGCUAUUGCCAAGGAGACUUGCAAGAUGCUUGCCCUUGGUACCAAGGUUUACGACUCUGAGCGCCUGAUCCACGGUGGUCUCGCUGGUUCCGCCCAGCACGACCUUGUCGAGAAGGCUGACGGUUUCGCUGAGGUCUUCCCUGAGCACAAGUACCAGGUCGUCGAGAUGCUCCAGCAGCGUGGUCACUUGACUGCCAUGACUGGUGACGGUGUCAACGACGCUCCCUCCCUGAAGAAGGCUGACUGUGGUAUCGCUGUCGAGGGUUCCACUGAGGCUGCCCAGGCUGCCGCCGAUAUUGUCUUCCUUGCCCCCGGUCUCUCCACCAUUGUCGAUGCCAUCAAGCUUGCCCGCCAGAUUUUCCAGCGUAUGAAGGCUUACAUUCAGUAUCGUAUUGCCCUGUGUCUUCACCUUGAGAUCUACCUUGUUACCUCCAUGAUCAUCAUCGACGAGACCAUCCGCUCCGACCUGAUUGUCUUCAUCGCCCUGUUCGCUGAUCUUGCCACCAUUGCCGUCGCUUACGAUAACGCUCACUUCGAGGCCCGCCCCGUCGAGUGGCAGUUGCCCAAGAUUUGGGUCAUCUCCGUCGUUCUCGGUGUUCUGCUCGCUGCCGCUACCUGGAUCAUCCGUGGUACCCUCUUCCUCGAGAACGGUGGUAUCAUCCAGAACUUCGGUUCUCCCCAGGAGAUUCUCUUCCUUGAGGUUGCUCUUACUGAGAACUGGCUCAUCUUCGUUACCCGUGGUGGUAAGACCUGGCCCUCGUGGCAGCUGGUCAUCGCCAUCUUCGUUGUCGAUGUUCUGGCUACGCUGUUCUGUGUCUUCGGCUGGUUGUCCGGUGACUUCGCCCAGACUCACCCCUACGAUCCCGCCGGCCCUGGCUUCUCUAUCCACGGCGAUGUUGACAUUGUCACCGUCGUUGUCAUCUGGGCCUACUCCAUCGGUGUUACCGUCAUCAUUGCCGUGGUCUACUACAUCUUGACCAUCAUCCCGGCUCUUGACAACCUUGGCCGCAAGACCCGCUCCAAGGCUGACACCCAGAUCGAGAACAUGAUCGCUCACCUCUCCAAGCUCGCCAUUGAGCUCGAGACCGACAAGGAGGGCAAGUCCCGCUACACUCUCGGUGCUCGCGCUGAGGAGAUCGAGGAGGACGAGUAA